GGAAGAAGUAUGCAUAUGUUUUCCUCCGCAUGGGUAUUGCCCUGCGCGCCCUGGUGGGCGUCUGCUUGGGGUUCACGACCGUCGCCUUCGUCGGUGUCUUCAUCCCCAGGGAGUUCUCGCGUGUGGAGAACAAAGCCGCUCCGCCCUCGUAUUCUUUGCUCUCUUCGCCUGUCCGAGACUAUAUUGAGCAGCUGACACUGGGGCGCACAGCUGCAGAGUCACGAGAGGGCUGCCCAUUCUUGGCCAAGACACCAGCCGAUAUUGGCGAUGGGGGAAGCGGCAUUGACGCGCUCCCCGGUGUGCAGCCUCCCAUCGAUUUGAAGGCUCUGGAUGGCUUCUUGAGUGCCAUCAACGACGACACCGAUGCCGGCCUGCUAACGAAUCACUGCGAGAGAUACUGGGAUGAGAUUCUCGACGAGAACCCAACCCUUAUCGCACUGGAGAAGCAUAAGCCGUGGACCUCAGAGGAGGUGACGCUCCUCGCCAACCGAGGCGUUCGACUCAAGGGCGCUGUGCGGCUGCCGUACCACAAUCGUUUGCCCCUUCGGCUGAGCAUUACCAACGGCGCGCUGGUCUGCCACUCUAUCAAGGACUGCCAGCCCCUCGAGACUCCUCCCAACGGGAGAUUCGCAGUGGAACGGAUAAACGCGCGGCGCGUGGCCCGCUCUCUCGCGGAUGCCGUUGAUUGGGCGGCCAACAACAGCGUCAACUUGGGGGACGCGGCCUUUUCGAUACCAGUCGAGGACUGCCCCAACUUCUGGUCAGUGGGACUGAUAUUGACAGACAGGUUCCCCAUCUUGACACGUCCCGUCCGUGUGUUGUCUGCAGGCGUUCGAAGGUGCCGGUUGGCGGAGAUUACAUUGGGCCCGGCAGCCAGGAGCCGUGUGAGCGCGCCAGACCUCAGUACAAGCGAAAAGGGCCUCCCGCCCUGGUGCUGAGCGAGUCGUCGUUCACGGAGUACACCUGGGACAUUCCCGGUGUCUGGUUCCACGAAAACGACGAGACCAUGACACGUGAGAUUGUCAAGGACCUCUAUUACACCGCUGACGAUGGGGAUGGACACCCCAGGUUCUCAGAGGCGCUCUUCGCCGCCGAGUGGGCAAAGAAGAAAAACGAGGCCUUCUUCAUCGGCCUCAACACAGACGACAGCCGGGUGCAGCUGGCUUGCGAGCUCAGUAUGAUGGACCCGGAGCUGUUUCAGCACGUCUUCAUUGCUGGUGCUGACGUCAGAAUGAGACAACCUGUCAACUGCACCGACACAGCCCGCGAAUUGGAGCGGUGAGUUGACCCUCACUUGGGCAGAGAAACAUGCAGGUGUAUCUAUCGGCCUGCUGACCCGUGUCGGUCUUUGGCUUUUGUGUCCAUGUGUGCAGAGAGCUGGGAUGUUCCGCCUCUCACAUCUGUCGGCGGAACAAGACUCUUGCCGAGGAGUUUGUGGAGCUGAUGCUUUCAACAAAGUACCACCUGGACCUGCCUGGCUACGGGCCCUGGAGCCACAGGUUGCGAAUGCUGCUGCUCAGCGGCUCGGUGAUAUUCGAGCCGCCACGCAGCUUUGCAGCCACACAAUUCUUCGAUGCCCCUCUGAAGCGGCGAAACCUGAUCGUGCGCUUCACUGACGCGACAGACCUCUAUGAGAAGAUCCAGUGGUUCAGGAGACAUGACGACGUCGCGAGGAGGCUGGCGGCAGCGAUGCACAAGAUCGGAUGGUACGCACGGCAGCAGACACGCACACAGAGACUCACACCAGAUGCGUGUGUGAUAUCUCCGGCCAUAACAGGCAUUGCCUGACGCACGAGAGUGUUCGUCAGUCCCUUGUCAUGCUGCUGAAGCGCCUUGGAGCCCUCCACGAGCCGACGGUCGGCAAAGCAAGGCGACCUGGCAAGCGUCUGGAUGACGACAUCAGAUGUGUGAUCGGCGAGGGGACGCCUCUGCACGCGGCGAUGGAUGGCUUCGGCGAGGCUGCCGACGAGUGCUAUCUGGCCGCCUUGUGAAGAGAUCCAUCGCCAGGUGAGGCCAUCCAUUUAUGUGUGGCCAUGGAAUUUUAUUCAUUUAAUCGUGGCAAAGCAGUGUGUGUCUCCAUGCACGUACGAACCACACACGCGGCUGUCUGUCUGUCUGUCUGUCUGUCGAUCGGAUCCAUUCAUGUGCAUGCCCAACCAGUAGGUAGGUCUCUUUCUUUCUUUCUUUCUUUCCGUUGUCCGUGCCGUUUGUCGGUGGUAAAUGGUACGUGCCUGACUGACUUUUCUGCUCUCUCUGCUGUGGGUGACGGCCGUGGAUACCGUCUGUCUGUCUGUCUGUCUGUCUGGAUCCACUGCAUCCAUUGGAGAUUUUGACGCACACGUGUGUGAGCGUGUGGCUAUGGUGAUGUGUGAUAGUAAUUUGCUAGUGGCACGUGCGUCGAUCGGUGGAGACUGACUGUGUUUGCGUUCUGUGUGCGUGAAAUCACGCACAGACGGACAGCGAGCCAGACUAAGGAGGGCUUCGACUAAGCAGUGUUUUGCCAGUAAUCACCCACGAGUAGGAAUAUUUUGUGACAUCUCCAUCCAGCCCACCGGUGGGUAGCAUUCAUUCAGGCGGAGAGGCCACGGACAGCCGCUCACAGUCGUUAAGCAGUCGC